AUGUCGAUGGUUUAUGAUCCCGAAGCCAAGCAGAUCGAUCCGCGACCAGUUCCGCAGGUAGCUUCGAGCCAUGUGUUGGAUCUCUUCUCGUCAGUCACGCGCCCUCGAGGCCCAACGGGGCCAGCCGACUAGCCAAUCAUGUUUUCGCCAAGCUGACGCUCUUCCUUCUUCCACGUCAAGCAUGAAGGGCAAAGUAGUUGCUGUUAGCGGAGCAGCGGCAGGCAUUGGUUUCGCAGCUGCGGAAGCCAUGGCAGAGGCGGGAGCGGAUGUUGCGCUUUGGUACAAUAGCAACGACGCUGCCAUCAAAAAGGGAGAGGAGCUGGCAAAGAGGACAGGCGUCAAGGUCAAGGCGUACAAGGUUGGCGUCACUGAUCUGCAAGAGGUGCGCAAAGCGGUCGAGCAAGUCGUAGAGGAUUUUGGAAAGCUGGAUGUGGCGGUGAGUCUUGUAUGCGCGGGCGCACACAAGGGGUACUCUCUGCGCUGUCACCAUUACGCUUUUCCCCUGAAAAUGUUUGGACGCUCGUUUACUUUGCAGAUCGCGAAUGCUGGAGUAGGCAUAGCGGGCGGUAUUCUGGAGCAGACUCCAGAGCAGUUCCACAAGCAGGUGAGCGCGCGCGCGCGCAAACGUUCGCUUUGCUUCGAUCUGGUCAGCGUCCUGGCUCACGUGCUGCUCUUUCAAUCAUCAGACCAAUGUCAACUGUGAGUGCAAGUCGAAAAUGGCUGCAGUGUGGCACAAAGUCAAGGACGCCAGUGCACUGACCUUCCAUGGCGAUCAUCCAAGACUUUGGCGUUUACCACGUCGCCAAGGUGAGACGACGCAGUCCGCAGCUGGCCACCUUUUUGCUUUGCUGGUUCGCGCUGACUUCAAAGAGCUGCUGCUGCAAUGCAUCAGGCUGCCGGAGAGGUGUUUCAAAAGCAAGGCCACGGCAACCUGAUCAUCACCAGCUCCAUGUCGGCGCACAUUGUCAACGUGCCAGUCGACCAGGGCGCUUACAAUGCUUCCAAAGCCGCUUGCACAAUGCGUGAGUACGAGGAGCAGUGCCUUCUUCCAAGUCGAAUUUGAUGAGCGGCCUCUGAUGCUCGUAAUGAGGUUGCAUGGCGUUGCGUUCAUCUCGAAUAAAGUCGGAAAAUGCCUUGCUAGGGAAUGGGGAGCGUUCGCUCGAGUGAAUAUGGUCUCGCCAGGGUUCUUCCAAACGGAUAUGGGAGCCGGACCUCAAGUACUGCAAGAAGCUUACAGGAUGGCCGUACUGGGAAGACAAGGCGAUACGCGCGAGCUAAAGGGCAUCUACCUCUACUUGGCUUCCGACGCAUCCACUUACACUACCGGUUCGGACUUUAGUGGGUGCCACUUGUGUCAAGCCAGCGCGAGUUGCUGCCCGCAGGCUAACUUCGCAUCUUUAUGAUGCAGUUGUGGAUGGCGGCUACACCCUCUCAUAG